AGAAUAAUAACACGACGACUACUGUUCAGCUCACAUUGCAAAGCUGGUUAUGUGUGAGUGGAUCAAACGACGGCAGCAUAGAGCCUAGAGUGGUAAAGGCUGAUUGAUGCUUCGUCACUCGCACCUAUCACGGGAAGAAACCCAAAUCCAGGCCAUGGAAACCGCGGCGGAGAAGGACCAUCUACUGUGUCAAAGCCAGUCAAGCUUUCAAUCUCGAGAAUCCCACCAGCCCGGAUCGAGUAACCUUGAAUCUACUGAUUUGAUCAGAGCCGUAUGGCAGGAAUCGAAGAACUUGUGGCUCAUUGCCGGGCCGUCGAUCUUCAGCCGGGUCGCCAUGUUUUCAUUGACAGUCGUCACCCAAGCGUUCGCGGGCCACUUGGGCGAACUCAAUCUCGCCGCCAUUUCCAUGGUUUGCUUUGUCAUCAUCGGCAUCAGUUUCGGCUUCCUGUUAGGAAUGGCGAGCGCGCUGGAGACAUUGUGCGGCCAAGCAUACGGAGCAAAACAAUACCAUAUGUUGGGAAUAUAUAUGCAGCGUUCCUGGAUUGUGCUGUUCUUGUGCUCCCUACUGCUUCUGCCAUUGUUUCUGUUUGCAGCGCCGCUAUUGAAAUUGAUUGGGCAGCCAGCAGAUGUGGCAGAGAAGACGGGUCUUGUGGCUCUAUGGUUGAUACCAUUUCAUCUGAGCUUCCCGUUUCAGUUCACAUUGCAAAGGUUCUUGCAGUGCCAGCUUAAGGCGGGAGUCGUCGCGUGGGUCUCUGGUGGAGCUCUUGUUCUCCAUGUUUUAGUGAGCUGGGUUUUUGUUCACAAGUUGCAAGUUGGGAUUGUGGGGGCUGCUAUUACGAUCGAUUUCUCUUGGUGGGUCACGGUCUUGGCCAUGUUCUUGUACUGUGUUUGUGGUGGCUGCCCGAAAUGUUGGACUGGUUUCUCGGAUCAAGCUUUUUUGGGACUCUGGGACUUCUUCAAACUUGCAGUGGCCUCCGGAGUUAUGCUUUCGUUGGAGAACUUCUAUUACAAAGUGUUGAUUAUAGUUUCUGGGUAUAUGCAGAAUGUUAAGGUCGCAAUCGAUGCCCUCUCUAUCUGCGUAACAAUUUAUACCUGGGAGUCCAUGAUUCCACUUGGAUUUUUAGCUGCAGCCGGAUACGUCGCACCUUGCUUCCCAGCUAAACUAGUUCUUGCUAUUGAUAGAAGUUCUAUAAAUGGAUGGGUUUCCCCAUUGCAUUGGAUGGACUUCUGUGAUUUGAGAGUCCAUGAUUGGAAAAACUUAUCUGCUGAAUUCAUCCUCUCCAACUUGCCCAUCGAUGCAACAUCCAGGGUGCGGGUUGCAAAUGAGCUUGGUGCAGGGAAUGCUAAAGGGGCUCAAUUUGCAACCAUUGUAUCAGUGACAACAUCAGCAGCUGUUGGACUGUUCUUUGGCAUAAUCAUCAUGGUCUUUCCCAAAGAACUUGCUGCAAUCUUCACAUCGAGCUCCUCCGUUAUAUCAAUGGUCAAUGAAUUGGCAGCGUUGCUGGCUUUCACCGUCCUUCUGAACAGCAUUCAACCGGUUCUUUCUGGUGUGGCCGUUGGAUCAGGCUGGCAAGCAUCGGUGGCAUUUGUAAACAUAGGAAGCUACUACAUUGUCGGACCGUUAGGAGUACUCUUCGGUUCGUGGUUGCUUCACUUUGGUAUCCAAGGUAUUUGGGUCGGAAUGCUAGCCGGAACUGUGGUUCAAACGUUGGUGCUAACUGUAAUGACCCUGAGAUGCCAGUGGGAGAAAGAGGCCGAAAAAGCUCGAUCCCAGGUUGAAAAGGGUAGUUCUGCAAUGGCGUCUGUAUCCAGCCAGCCGCAGUUCCGUCUCACUCAACCGCCUUCGAAGGUGCUGCACCUAAGAAACUUGCCAUGGGAAUGCACGGAGGAAGAAUUAAUUGAGCUGGGAAAACCCUUUGGUAAAGUUAUCAACACUAAGUGCAAUGUGGGUGCAAACAAAAAUCAGGCCUUCAUUGAAUUUGUGGAUCUGAAUCAAGCCAUUGCUAUGAUAUCAUACUAUGCUUCAUCUUCAGAGCCGGCCCAAGUGAGAGGGAAGACUGUCUAUCUGCAGUAUUCUAACAGGCAAGAAAUUGUGAACAACAAGACAACAGCUGAUGUUGCGGGAAAUGUAUUACUUGUGACCAUUGAAGGUGCUGAUGCUCGCCUUGUCAGCAUUGAUGUCUUGCACCUGGUAUUUUCUGCUUUUGGUUUCGUGCAUAAGAUUACAACUUUCGAAAAGACGGCUGGGUUCCAGGCGCUCGUGCAAUUUUCCGACACUGAGACUGCUACAUCUGCGAAAAAUGCUCUCGAUGGGAGAAAUAUUCCUAGGGACUACACUAAUCUAAGUCUUCCUGUUGCACCAUCAGCUAUUGAUGGAAGUGGUCUGUUCACUGUGGGUCAGGAUGGGAGAAAGCUAGAGCCUGAAAGUAAUGUCCUUCUUGCAUCAAUAGAGAACAUGCAGUAUGCUGUCACUUUGGAUGUUCUCCACAUGGUCUUCUCUUCUUUUGGACCUGUUCAGAAGAUUGCUAUGUUUGACAAAAAUGGUGGACUUCAAGCUUUGAUUCAGUACCCUGAUGUCCAGACUGCCAUGGUAGCCAAAGAAGCACUGGAAGGACACUGCAUUUACGAUGGAGGCUUUUGCAAACUUCAUCUCUCGUACUCUCGCCAUAAUGAUCUCAGCAUAAAGGUCAAUAACGACAGAAGUAGGGACUACACAAUCCCCAAUACUCCAAUGAUGAACCCUCAGCCUUCACUCUUAGGACAGCAGCCAAUGGGCGGAGGUCAGUAUCCUCAGACGGCCGAGCAUCAAAUGAUGCCGCCUCAAGCUUCAGCCGGAUGGGGUGCCGGUGUUCCUCCAGGUCCUCCUCCACAUUCAAUGCCGCAGCAGAUGAAUAGUAAUGCCUACAUGCCACCGGGUGGAGGCAAUAGUAACGCGUACAUGCCACCACCGGGUGGGGGGAAUAGCAAUGCGUACAUGCCACCAGGUGGGGGUAAUAGUAAUGCAUACAUGCCACCAGGUGGGGGUAAUAGUAAUGCGUACAUACCACCAGGUGGUAUGCCCCCUCACGGAGGCCAUGGAAUGAUGCAUAUGUCCUCCCAUGGUGGCAUGCCGCCGCCACCAUCUUCAAUGGGCCAUCAUUAUAGGCCUGCUCAAUAGCAUCUCCGCUUUUGUUCCGGAACGAGGAGAAGUGCAUAGACUUGGAUCACCAGCUGAACACCAAUGUUGCAGCAAUCUCUUUCCUUUUCGGAUGACAACAGAUGGUGCUGGCUGAUACAAGUGUUCUGAACUACUAAGGUUUUGAUUGUUGGCUGUAGAAUCGAAACAUUUUGAUGUAUUUUGUUGGAUGAUAAUGCAGACAUGUUGUAAUGUGGUCGAAUUUUUCCGUUUUUCUCUUAAUCAUGGCGGAUAUUUGCAUCAUUUACUGGCUGUCGAGUUUGCUGCUAUUUCUGGUGUUAAAAAACAGGAGAAUUUGAAGAUAAACGGGUCGGUCUGAGUAUGUCGAGAAUAUUAGGUUUUCAUAUGGGAUUGUUGAGUGUAAUGUCUGGAAAGGGGUGGCAU